CACUGAACCCGGCGCAGCCCUCAGCUCUGCUGUGCUGUGCGUUUGGUGAGGGCGGGGCCGGCGCGGAGGAGAGGGGCGGUGCGGAGGAGAGAGGGGAAGAGGAGAUGCUGAGGAGGGAUAACGGCGAAGGCAACAGGUUUCGGCCGCAGGCUGCGGAUGGACAACUGCGGAAAAUCAGGACGAAAAACAGAAAGAAUCUGAAGAAGAACGGAUGAAAGGCGCCAAAACCACCUGAUGCUGCAGCCUAAUCUGGUCACCUGGGACUGAACACACACACACACACGUCCAACAUGGCGUCAGACCCACCCAUCUUGACAGAGCAGGACGAGCUGCAGAGGAGAGCCAAUCAGGUCACAGAUGAGUCCCUGGAAAGUACAAGGAGGAUGAUGCAGCUGGUUGAGGAGAGCAAAGAUGCUGGGAUCAGAGCUUUGGUCAUGCUGGAUGAACAAGGAGAGCAGUUGGAGCGUAUAGAGGAGGGCUUGGAUCAGAUCAACUCUGAUAUGAAGGAGGCCGAGAAAAACCUGACCGACCUGGGCAAGUGCUGUGGCCUGUGCUCCUGUGAUAAACUCAAGGCCUUCGAGGAGAGCGGGGCGUACAAGGCGGUUUGGGGCGGAGCCUCUGGUCAGGAUGGCGUUGUGUCCAGUCAACCGCCGUCGUCUCGGGUCGUCGAUGAGAGGGAGCAAAUGAUCAUGAGCGGAGGAUACAUACGGAGGGUGACUAAUGACGCCCGUGAGGACGAGAUGGAGGAGAAUCUGGCUCACGUCGGCAGCAUCAUUGGAAAUCUGAAAAGUAUGGCUCUGGAUAUGGGCAACGAGAUCGACACGCAGAACGUCCAGAUCGAACGCAUACAGGGCAAGGCUAUUCUCAAUGUGUCCCGGAUUGAUGCUGCCAACCAGAAAGCUAACAAUCUCAUGAAACGAUAGAGGAAGCACUCUUCCAUUUCACUCUUUCUAUAAAUUCAUUCUGUUUUCGCAUGCUGUGCCAACGUGCUGUCCCAUGAACCUAUAGGGUCCAUAAUUCUCAGUAGUGAGGCUAUAGAGACCUCUGAGUUGUUGUAGUAUUCCCGUUCAUUCCUAUACUAUUCUGAUAGUUUUGCUGUGAUACUAUUAUGACGUGUCUUUCUGAAAUGUGUUAUGGGAUUAUUAGAACUGGGUAUGGCGAGGCCUUGGUCACAUCCUCAUGGUGGCCUCUGUGGUCACUCAGCAGAGAGUUAGAUCACAGGAAGCUAUAAUGAUCACUGUGGGGAAACUGGGUCACUGCAGCAGCACCAUCACCACCAACAGCAGCAGAGAGCCGAAUCACCAAACAUGUAAAUCAAGAUGUAAUUUCCAGAGGUGAAGGUGUGGGGAGAAACGCAGCAAAGAAGAGUGGCUCUGUGGGUGGGGACAGGUAUCUUAAGACAAUAAAUCGCCUUCUUCUUCCGCCCAAAUGGAGGAAUAUUAUUAUGUAUGUGUGUGAUGUCCAAAUUUAAAAAUAUAUGUCCAAAUUCAUAAAAAAAAAACAAUCACACUUACCAGCAAGCAGCUUAUUUCCUGGUGUAAACAUCACUGUCACAUACACCCCUCCCCACUUUCUCUUGUUGAAAUGUUCCAUAGUGGUUGAAACAUGUGCGUGGUAGCGCCCUCUGCAGGCCCCGUCAGGUAUUGCCAAGAAGGAAACACGUAUUUGUCCCCAGAGGAGGACCUCUGGCGACACCAAGCGGACAGUUAUGGAACCUGCCCCUCCUGGCCACUCCAUCUUCUUUCUUCUCCCUGUUGAU